AUGCCUCGCCUUCAGAAUGAAGCUCUUCUGGCUCUUAAUGAGGCUCGAAUACAAGCUAGACAGUUCGGCUCUAGUCUCUACAACACCAUAUAUGAAGGAACGACCCCAGAAAGCCCGCUCCGGAGAUAUCUGAUCGAUUACUGUAUCAAGUCUACGCGCGACAUACAAUGUCCCAAGCAUUAUCCAGCUGAGCUGCUCGUUGAUAUUAUCAAUGGCACUCGAGCAGAGAAGCGGACAGAUGGUGAAGGAACAAAUCGUUGGGUUAUGUCGAAAGACGACUUAAUCGAAAGCUAUUUUGUUGAUGAAGAGGAGAGUAGGCAGCAUAGGCACAAUCUCCUGAAAGAGGUCGAGCUUCGACAGGCGGAAGAGGAAUCAGCACUCGAAGCCUCCACUUCGGGGCGGGCAGGUCAGGAUGAGUCUGAUGAAGAUGCUUCCGCAGAUUUUACAUGGGAUGAGGCCUUUUUUGCGGGUUUAGUUUGA